UUCUUCAAAGUUUCAAACUUCAAUCAAGUCUUCAUUAGUCUUGAGAGUUGAGAUAUAAAAAGGGAUUUUGAAAUGGCUUCUUGGUUUCUUUUCUUAUUAGGGUUAUUUCUAGCUCUUGCCUCGUUGGCUCUGGCUUCUGAUCCAAUGUCCCUUCAAGAUUUCUGUGUUGCUGAUGCAAAUGCUGCAGUUCUAGUGAACGGAGUUGCCUGCAAAGAUCCCAAGAAGGUUGAAGCCAAUGAUUUCUUCUUCAGUGGACUUCACUUACCAGGCAACACAUCAAAUGCAGCAGGAUCUAAGGUCACCCCAGUAAGCGUAGCCCAAAUACCAGGACUCAACACUCUUGGGAUCUCUUUAGCUCGCAUAGACUAUACACCAUGGGGCAUCAACCCUCCCCACACGCACCCUCGUGCUUCAGAGAUCUUGACUGUAGUUGAAGGAACUCUUGAAGUUGGAUUCGUCACAUCUAACCCUGAAAAUCGUCUCAUCAGAAAGAUUUUACAGAAAGGUGAUGUGUUCGUGUUCCCUGUGAAUCUCAUUCACUUCCAGAGAAAUGUGGGAAAUUGUAAUGCUGUUGCUGUUGUAGCUCUAAGCAGCCAGAAUCCUGGGGUGGUCACCAUUGCUAAUGCAGUGUUUGGUUCUACACCUGGUAUCCCUAGUGAUGUUCUUGUGAAGGCAUUUCAGUUGGAUUCUAAGAUUGUUGAUUAUCUUCAAGCAAAGUUCUAGGGUAGAAAAUGGAAAUUUGUGAGUGGAUCUGUGUUGUUGGGAUUUUAUGUUCUUCUUGCUUGGUUGAGUAUUCAUUUGUUGUGUCUUGUUUCAUUUGUUUUCUUUAUGGAAAUAUUGAAAUAUUGUAUUUGAAUUCAAUUAUUUAAUUAGAUAUGAUGAAAUGACUUAUUUGAGAAGUUUGAACAGAAUUCAUGAAUUUAGAUUUCAUAAAAUCUAACAUAAAUAAGGUUUUAAAAAAA